AGGGUUUUUUACUAAAAAAAUAUACAAAAAAUAAAAAAAUUCAAAAAUAAUACAGUAAAAAAAAUAAAUACGAAAAUGGUAUAGUCAGGGUGGUCACGCCACUUUGACAGGCGGCACCACCCUGACAAAAAGUACUAAAACAGUAAAAAAAAAAAAACUCUGAAAAAAAAAGCUGAAAAACAGAAAAAAAAAUUGGACAUGUGGGUGCCAGAGGCGGCACCAGUGUUGCCUCUGGCAGAGGCGGCACCAGUUGUGUGGGUCCCACAAAGGCACCUAAGCACUAUAAAACCAAGCGAACCAAAGAACCCCGGAGCAAGAUUCAAGAAGAAGGAGAAGAAAAUAAAAGGAAAGAAAGGAGAAGAGAAGGAAGAAAAAGAAGGAGAAGAAAAAAAGAAGAUUGAGCAUUGAAGAUGGAUAAUCAGUUUUUCGUAUGCGUUUAUUUCGAUGGAAUUAUCUUGACAACAACCGUUGGAUGUAUAUUUGAAUGUCGGCAACAAAUAGCAAUGAGAUUUAAUAGAAAUGUCUCGUUGGAUGAUAUGAAGGAAGAAUUAAUGUAAAAUUGUCGACGUUGUGGGAGAAGGAUCUCAAACUUUUCUACAAGUUUCCGGUUUACAGAUCCAAUCAAAUUCAUUGAAAUGGAACUUGUAGACGACGAAGACGUGGAGACAAUGAUCGCUUCUUCUUUGUGGGAAUGGGAGUGACAAAAUGCACCGAUUCACUUAUUUGCUGAGUUAGCCGAUAUGAAGGAAAAUGAAAAUCUCACUGCAUAUGGUGAAGAACAUAGAGCUCAAGAACCGUGCAUGGUGGCUCCAAUAUCGUACGUUGAUAGUGAAUCGACUAUAGGUGGGAUCGAUAUCGAUCUUAAUGUUACACCCGAUAUGGAUGUGGUUGGUGAUGAUGGUUACGAUAGUAGUGAUCCUUGUUAUCAAGAAGUCGAUAGUGAUAGUGAUCCCGAUGUGGACGAUGUCCCCGAUGAUAUUGAUGAUGAAGACGUGAAUGACGAUAGAAACAUUAACGCGUCUUCGAUCGGGAACCAGAUGCGACGUGUUGUGAUUCACAAUAAUUCUGGGCCACACAUGUCGUUCAUAGACCCCGACGCGGUGCAUGUAGCCGAGUUUUCAGAGUACCCUGAAAUACUUCCUGCUCACCGACUGGCCGUAAAUUCUGAUCCUGAGGAGUUAUUCGUCGGCCAGAGAUUCGAAAGUAAAGAAGAGUGCAUAUUUUCUAUUAAGCGGUAUAGCAUGAAUAUAUCAGUAGAUUAUAAAGUUGCAGUGUCGAAACCGACAUUAUAUAUUGGGGAGUGUUGGAAGUCGGGGGAAGGCUGCAAUUGGCGGGUACGAGCUGUAUUUAUUCAAAAUUCGCAGAUGUGGGAGAUACGCAAAUUUGUUGGGCCUCACACAUGCACAUCAACACGUAUGACAGAAGAUCAUCGAAAACUUGAUUCUAAAACUAUCUGUACGUGUAUCAUGCUAAUGGUGAAGGACAUGCCGACCAUUAAAGUUUCGGUACUGAUUGCCAAAAUACAAGCACGAUUUCAGUAUCGAGUGUCAUAUCGAAAGGCAUGGAUAGCAAAACAGAUGGCAAUGGAGCAAUUGUAUGGGGAUUUCGAUGCGUCGUAUAACGAGCUACAGGGAUGGAUAGCCGCUAUGCGGGAGUACGUACCAGGGACCGUUAUUGAGUUACAGACACGACCUUAUUACGGCCCGGAUGACCAACUACAGUUGGGAAAACAAAUUUUCCAUCGGAUGUUUUGGACGUUUGAUCCAUGUGUACGCGCAUUUCCCCACUGCAAGCCAUUUGUGCAAGUGGAUGGGACCUGGCUAUAUGGAAAAUAUACACAGAUCUUACUUAUUGCGGUUGCUCAAGACGGCAAUAGGAACGUGCUCCCGAUAGCAUUUGCCAUUGUAGAUAAGGAGAACAUGGAAUCGUGGGAAUUCUUCCUUACCAACCUGCGGAGGUAUGUUAUUAGCAACGAUAAUAUUUGUAUUAUCUCUGAUAGAGGGAAAGGAUUAAUUGCCGCCAUUAGACGUUCCGGUGUACCAUGGAGAUCCGUUUACUGCAUCCGUCACAUCGCAGCUAACUUCAUUAGAGAUUAUAAAAAUGCAGACUGGAAAAGACAAUUUGUGAAAAUAGCGUACGAGCUAGAGCCACACAUUUUUCGCCAAAUGAUGACUCAACUUGAGAGUGACAUGGAGGGUCAAACAAAUACAUCUUUCCAACAGUGGUUGGGUACUAUGGAGCCGUGGCAAUGGGCUCAAAGUUUUGACGAGGGCUUUCGUUAUGGUCAAAUGACCACAAACUUAGUUGAAGGGGUCAACGCUGUAUUGUUAAAAACACGACACCUUCCGAUUUCAACAGUCUUCUCGGCUACAUUCUACAGGUUGGCUACCUUGAUGCCAAGAAUGGGUCAGCAACAAGUUAACCAGAUUGAGGCGGGACACAUAUUUGUCGAAGAUAUUAGGGAUGCAAUGGUUGCAAACCGUCGGAUGGCGAGGUCGAUGAAUGUAGAAAUAUAUUCACGACGCCUUGAAACGUUUCGAGUUACGGAGACCAUUGGUCGUCGACCCGGUCUACCACCUAGGUCCUACAGAGUUGAUCUCCGGAAUAGACAAUGCGAUUGUAGGAGAUUCCAAACACUUCAUUACCCGUGUGCGCAUGUCGUUGCAGCGUGUGCUAAAGUGAACCUUAAUGUUGAACAAUUUGUCGAAGAUGUGUACACACUCAAUCGCACGUUACGUGUAUGGGAAAACGAAUUCCCUGUCCUGCCCGACCUGUCUACAUGGGAAGUGCCUCCGAUAACUUUCGAACUUGUCCCAGACAGAGGGCUACGCAGGAAUCCAAGAGGUCGUCUGCAAUCAACUAGAAUCCGUAAUGAAAUGGACAUUAGGGAGAAAUCCGACGGUACGCGUUGUGGAUUAUGCAGGUUAGCUGGUCAUAAUCGGAGUAAAUGCCCGCAGCGAAACUAUAAUGUCGGACAAUCGUCACGAUCAGGUAGGAAUUGAACUUAUGUUGUAAUGUAUUUAUUUUAUAUGAAAAAAUUAUAUUGUAAAUAUUCCUCUAUUUGUUAAAAAUCUAUCAAGCUAUUUUUGGAGUU